AUGGUCUGCCAGCCCGAGACGCCCGUCACCAAGGCUGGCCCCAGCGAGGAGGCUACCACGCCUACUCCUGGCAGUCCCAAAAGCCUAUCGGUGACUACGCCCGCGGGCCACGUCGAUCACCCUACUGACCCCACCCCCAACAGUCCUAAGGACAAGGGUAAGGGUAAGAGUGUCAUGGCUCCUCCCGUCACUCCCAAGAACCCCACGGACGGAUCUCUUCUCGAGAUCAUGUCGUCUGGCCAGCGCGGCGCUUUUUCGCCUCUCACCCCCAGCAGCGUGAGCGUCCGUCACGUCGCCGCGUCUCCCGAUGGCGUGGUCUUCACGUUCAGCUCCCCGGAGACUCGCAGCGUCGCUUCUCCCCGCGAGUCCUGGGAGAACGCGAUUAACUUCCGUCAGAGCGACGAGAUCCAGUUUGCUACUCCCAGCGGCAGCAACCGAACCGUUGUGACUAAUCUCCAUGCUGAUGUCCGAUCUUGGUUCACCAUUCCUGACUCGACUGAAUACGAUGUCGAGCAGCAGUCACUUCUCGAUGGCUCCCUGGCCUCGCCGGUGCCCCAGCUCCACGACUAUGGCACAAACUCCCGCCCUACCCACGACGACAUCCACCCCGGCUUCUGGGACUGCUUCUCCAAGGGUGAGAUGCUGUCUAUCUUGGCCCUGGCCAUCAUAGCCAUGUUGUUCUUCGUAUGGAUUGUCAUCAGAUAUAUCACAUUCCACUGA